AUGCCGAACAGCGAGAGCGAGGACGACGUUCAGGACCUCGACGACGCAGACUUCGACGACGUCUUUGCAGAGGAUGGCGAGGACGAGCUGCUUGUCUCCAUUGAAAAUGCCGCCGACGAUGUCACCGAGGGCGACCCCGAGUCGGACGAGGACGAGUCGGACGAUGGCGACGACUCUGAAGAGGAGGACGAGGAGCCUCCCCCCCACCAUCAUCCACGCCCGCCUCUCCCUCCGCUGGUAGACGCCCCAGCGCCCCCGCUCAUACCCGCCAAACGACGCUCGCCCUCGCCCCCACUGGGCUCAUCGUCCAGAUUCGCUAAAUCACCGACACCGCCGUCACGCCGACGCGCGCUGUCCCCCGCCGAAGCCCGCCGCAACGCGCUUUGGCCCGCCUUCCUCUUCCCGCGCUCCUACACCGUCGAAGCGAUCUGCGCACUCCCUCACCCUGUGCCAACGCACUCCCUCGCCGCUUCCACGUGCAUGCUGCACCUUCUCACGGGCUCUGAGGACGGCUAUGUGCGCGACUACGACAUCUUCAGCGCCGUGAACGGCAAAGUCUUCCUUACCGCGCCGCAGCGCCACCACGCGGGCGUCGUCGAGGGAAUCAUGAAGUCCGGACAGCUGCGCUCGUGGUGGGAGAACCCCGUCAGCCUGGGCGAGGCGCACGGCGCGGAUGUCGAGCUCUCGCCCGUGCACAGUCUCGCGCUGCAAGCUGACGCGCUGUGGUGUCUCGCUGGGUCCAACACGGGUAGUAUCAAUUUGUUCACGGUCCGUCACGAGCCUGGUCGUCUGUUCAAGAACAUGCCAGGCCACCGAGGUCCCGUUUCUGCCCUUGCGCUGCAGCACGACGAGAUGGGGUUCUUCUCGGCAGGCUGGGAUGGGGACGCCCUACAAUGGGAUCUCAACACAGGAGGAAUCGUCCGCCGUUUCACGGCCCACGGUGCCCAGCUUGCCGCACUCGCCGUUCGCCCCCUCGCCUCGGACUACCCAAGCGCGCCCCCACCCUCAUCUGCACAUGCAGACCAGAUGACAUAUCACGUCAACCUCACCACGCGGCCACAGGACGCGAGCACAGGGGGCGAGCACCCCCAGCCCCUAACGAAGGACGCAACCGAUGACACCCUCACGGACGCGGACGCGGACGAGAAAUCCGACGCGUCCUUCGACCCGCUCUUUGACGACGAGCCCGACGCCGACGGAGAAGUCGACACCUCGCCCCCUUCCCCCACCGCGCCAUCCGCGCCUCCGCCGGCGAUGGCUGCGGUGCCCAAAAACGCGCCGCCCCUGCUCGAUCGGACGUCGUUUGCGGCAUACUCGCCUGAAGUGCUGAUGACGGCAGCGAUGGACGGACAGGUCGUACUGUGGGACUGCCGCGUCGCGACGCCGAGCCCUGGGCGUGGCGUCGGGCGGCUGUGGAUGAGCGAAAAGACGCCGCCGUGGUGCUUGUCGGCGUGCUGGUCCAUGAAUGGCGCGCAAAUUUACGCGGGGAGACGGAACGGGACGAUCGACGUGUGGGACGUGCGGCAGCUGGGGCGCUCCGGGCCCAGCGAGGUACCGCGGCUGCUGAAGACGCUGAGAAACCCGGUGAGUUCCGGGGUGGUGAGCUGCGUGGCGGCGUUCCCGGACGGGCGACACAUUGCCUGCGCGUCGAACGACAAUAUCCGACUGUGGAACGCGGCGGAGGCUGGGGAGGGAGAGGCCAAGGGACGUGUGCAGUUCAAGAUCAUCCCUGGGCACCACGGAGGGAUCGUGUCGCAGAUGGUUGUGGACCGUGGGGGACGGUUUCUUGUGAGCGCGAGUGGGAACCGAGGGUGGCACGGGGACGCGACGCGGACGGUGUUUGUGCAUGACAUCAAGGCGGUGGUGUGA